CUUCCUAGAGGAGUGACACUGCCCUGAUUCUAAGGACCCUUUGGGAUUACCAAGUCCAGGGGACACUAAGCAAUGAGUGGGGACAUUUUUGUCCAAACUGAGGGAGGGGAAGCGUUACUGGCACCUGGAGAUAGAGGUCAGGGAGGCCUAACCAGUGUGUAGUGUGUAGGACACCCCUGUGGAAGAAUUAUCUGACCUCUAACAUUCUCAGGGCUGAGGUGAGAAACCCUGGUCUGGGUAGAGCAGAGGGGAAGAUCUGAGGUUGUGGGGGGACCGAGAGAAGCUGCAAGGAGGGGGCUUGCCUGGGAGGACAGCCAGUGUGGGGGAGGCUUAGGCCAAGUAGAGAAGGAGUCACCUGCAGAUGAACAGGGAGCCUUGACUGUCCCGCUAAGUGUAGACUUCCUAGGGCGGCGGGCUGUCACUCGAGGCCUUCAAAGCAGGGGAGUGACCUGGUCUAAUUUGCUUCCUAGAAAGAUCACUCUGGAUACCCAGGGACCGAGAGGAAGGGAGGCAGGCUGGGCCCAGCUUGGGGGCUUCACACUGGGGGCCAUGGACUCAAGCAAGGGGAGACAUGACCGCUGUUUCCACAGAGGACUUAGAAGCCGCUUCGUUGACGUGGUGCAGGGAAUGCAGUUACAUAAGGCGGCGUUGUGCAUCUCAAGGAGAAAGCUGUGGGAAAACGCCUUGGAGGGACGAGGAGCAGGAGCUUUCCAUGGCUCCCAACGCCCUUUUAUUUCAGUCACCAACCAGGAUCCGACGUCCACCUUCUUCCAGUUUGGAGCGUCCAUCCAGCAACAAGCCACGGUCAUGCUGAAGAUCAUGCAGGAUUAUGACUGGCAUGUCUUCUCCCUGGUGACCACCAUCUUCCCUGGCUACCGGGAAUUCAUCAGCUUCAUCAAGACCACAGUAGACAACAGCUUUGUGGGCUGGGAUAUGCAGAAUGUGAUUACACUGGAUACGUCCUUCGAGGAUGCAAAGACGCAAGUCCAGUUGAAGAAGAUCCACUCUUCCGUCAUCUUGCUCUAUUGUUCCAAAGAUGAGGCCGUCCUCAUUCUGAGCGAGGCCCGCUCCCUUGGCCUCACCGGGUAUGAUUUCUUCUGGAUUGUCCCCAGCUUGGUGUCUGGGAACACGGAGCUCAUCCCCAAAGAGUUUCCAUCAGGACUCAUUUCAGUCUCCUAUGAUGACUGGGACUACAGCCUGGAGGCGAGAGUGAGGGACGGCCUGGGCAUCCUAACCACCGCCGCAGCGUCCAUGUUAGAGAAGUUCUCCUACAUCCCCGAGGCCAAGGCCAGCUGCUAUGGGCAGACGGAGAAGCCGGAGACCCCACAGCACACCCUGCACCAAUUUAUGGUCAAUGUGACAUGGAAUGGCAAAGACCUGUCCUUCACUGAGGAAGGCUAUCAAGUCCACCCCCGGCUGGUGGUGAUCGUGCUGAACAAGGACCGAGAAUGGGAGAAGGUGGGCAAGUGGGAGAACCAGACGCUGAGCCUGCGGCACGCCGUGUGGCCCAGGUACAAGUCCUUCUCGGACUGCGAGCCAGACGACAACCACCUGAGUAUUGUCACCCUGGAGGAGGCCCCCUUCGUCAUCGUGGAGGACAUAGACCCGCUGACAGAGACGUGUGUGAGGAGCACAGUGCCUUGUCGGAAGUUCGUCAAGAUCAACAAUUCAACCAAUGAAGGAAUGAAUGUGAAAAAAUGUUGCAAGGGAUUCUGCAUUGAUAUCCUCAAGAAGCUUUCCAGAACUGUGAAGUUUACCUAUGAUCUUUACCUGGUGACUAAUGGGAAGCACGGCAAGAAAGUGAACAAUGUGUGGAAUGGGAUGAUCGGUGAAGUGGUCUAUCAACGGGCCGUCAUGGCAGUGGGUUCACUCACCAUCAACGAGGAGCGUUCCGAAGUGGUGGAUUUCUCUGUGCCCUUCGUAGAGACGGGGAUCAGUGUCAUGGUCUCUAGAAGUAAUGGCACCGUCUCCCCUUCUGCUUUUCUAGAACCGUUCAGCGCCUCCGUCUGGGUGAUGAUGUUCGUGAUGCUGCUCAUUGUCUCAGCCAUUGCUGUUUUUGUCUUUGAGUACUUCAGUCCCGUGGGCUACAACAGAAACUUAGCCAAAGGGAAAGCACCGCAUGGGCCUUCUUUCACGAUUGGGAAAGCGAUAUGGCUCCUCUGGGGCCUGGUGUUCAACAACUCCGUGCCCGUCCAGAACCCCAAAGGGACUACCAGCAAGAUCAUGGUGUCCGUGUGGGCCUUCUUCGCCGUCAUCUUCCUGGCCAGCUACACGGCCAACCUGGCUGCCUUCAUGAUCCAGGAGGAAUUUGUGGACCAAGUGACUGGCCUCAGUGACAAGAAGUUUCAGAGACCCCACGACUAUUCCCCACCGUUUCGAUUUGGCACUGUGCCUAAUGGAAGUACAGAGAGAAACAUUCGGAAUAACUACCCCUACAUGCAUCAGUACAUGACCAAAUUUAACCAGAAGGGAGUGGAGGAUGCCUUGGUCAGCCUGAAAUCGGGGAAGCUGGAUGCCUUCAUCUACGACGCGGCCGUCCUGAACUACAAGGCCGGGAGGGACGAGGGCUGCAAGCUGGUGACCAUCGGGAGCGGCUACAUCUUCGCCACCACUGGCUAUGGAAUCGCCCUCCAGAAGGGCUCCCCUUGGAAGAGGCAGAUUGACCUGGCCCUGCUCCAGUUUGUGGGUGAUGGUGAGAUGGAGGAGCUGGAGACCCUGUGGCUCACGGGCAUCUGCCACAACGAGAAGAACGAGGUGAUGAGCAGCCAGCUGGACAUCGACAACAUGGCGGGCGUGUUCUACAUGCUGGCGGCCGCCAUGGCGCUCAGCCUCAUCACCUUCAUCUGGGAGCACCUCUUCUACUGGAAGCUGCGCUUCUGCUUCACGGGCGUGUGCUCCGACCGCCCGGGCCUGCUCUUCUCCAUCAGCAGGGGCAUUUACAGCUGCAUCCACGGAGUGCACAUCGAGGACAAGAAGAAGUCUCCAGACUUCAACCUGACCGGGUCACAGAGCAACAUGCUAAAGCUCCUCCGGUCAGCCAAAAACAUGUCCAACAUGAACUCCUCCAGGAUGGAUUCCCCCAAAAGGGCUGCUGACUUCAUCCAAAGAGGCUCCCUCCUGGUGGACAUGGCUUCCGACAAGGGCAACUUGAUAUAUGCGGACAACAGGUCCUUCCAGGGCAAAGACAGCAUUUUUGGGGACAACAUGAAUGAGCUCCAGACGUUUGUGGCCAACAGGCACAAGGAUAACCUCAACAACUAUGUGUUCCAGGGACAGCACCCUCUCACGCUCAACGAAUCCAACCCAAACACGGUGGAGGUGGCCGUGAGCACGGAAUCCAAAGGCAACUCCAGGCCCCGGCAGCUCUGGAAGAAAUCCAUGGAAUCGCUCCGCCAAGAUUCGCUGACCCAGAACCCGGUCUCGCAGAGGGACGAGGGAGCCGUGGAGAACAGGACCCACUCCCUCAAAAGCCCCCGGUACCUUCCCGAGGAGGUGGCCCACUCCGACAUUUCCGAAGCCUCCAGCCGGGCCACGGGCCACAGGGACCCCGGCAGCAACAAGAACCACAAGACCAAGGACAACUUCCGCAGGUCCAUGGCCACCAAGCCCCCCAAGGACAGCAGCAGCGAGGUCGAGCGCUCCUACCUGAAGCCCAAAGCCAGCUCCCCCCGGGACAAGAUCUACACCAUCGACGGUGAGAAGGAGCCCGGUUUCCACCUAGACCCGCCCCAGUUUGUGGAAAACAUGGCCAUUCCGGAGAACGCGGACUUCCCCGACCCCUACCAGGACCCCGGUGAGAGCUUCCGCAAAGGGGACUCCACGCUGCCCACCAACAGGAACCCCCUGCACAACGAAGACGCGCUCCCCAACAACGACCAGUACAAGUUCUACACCAAGCACUUCACCUUGAAGGACAAGAGCUCCCCGCACAGCGAGGGCAGCGACCGCUACCGGCAGGGCUCCACGCACUGCAGGAGCUGCCUGUCCAACCUCCCCACCUACGCCGGCCACUUCACCAUGCGGUCCCCCUUCAAGUGCGACGCCUGCCUGCGGAUGGGGAACCUCUACGACAUCGACGAGGACCAGAUGCUGCAGGAGACAGGGAACCCGGCCUCCCAGGAGGACGUGUACCAGCAGGACUGGGCGCAGAACAACGCCCUCCAGCUGCCAAAGAACAAGCUGAGGAUCAGCCGCCAGCACUCGUACGACAACAUCCUUGACAAGCCCAGGGAGACAGACCUCAGCAGGCCCUCCCGCAGCAUCAGCCUCAAGGACAGGGAGCGGCUGCUGGAGGGGAAUCUGUACGGGAGUCUCUUUAGCGUCCCCUCAAGCAAACUCUUGGGGAACAAAAGCUCCCUGUUCCCCCAGGGCCUGGAGGACAGCAAGCGGAGCAAGUCUCUCUUGCCCGACCACACCUCCGACAACCCUUUCCUUCACGCCUACGGGGACGACCACCGCCUGGUCAUCGGGAGAUGCCCCUCGGACCCUUACAAACACUCGCUGCCGUCCCAGGCGGUGAGCGACAGCUACCUGCGGUCGUCCUUGAGGUCCACGGCCUCGUACUGUUCCAGGGACAGUAGAGGCCACAACGACGUGUACAUUUCGGAGCAUGUUAUGCCUUAUGCUGCAAAUAAGAAUAAUAUGUACUCGACCCCCAGGGUUUUAAACUCCUGCAGCAAUAGACGUGUGUACAAGAAAAUGCCUAGUAUUGAAUCUGAUGUUUAAAACCUUCCACUCACGUUUUACCUAUAGGGAAACAUCCGUAAUGGCCACCGUUCCGGAGGGUAGAUGUUGGGUGUCCAGUAGUACCCUGUGAGCAGGAGGCGGACAUAGGAAGGUAUUUUUCUGUUGGUUCUUUUGCACAUGGCUCCACGCCAUCGUCUUCCACUCAAGGAAUCUUGAGAGGUGUGUGCUGAGCACAGCAGAGACCAGGCAGGUGAGUCCUUAACCAAAAAAUUAAAACACAACCACACACAAGCGAGAGGGCAGGUCUCCUGGACAGGCCCGCCGGGUAUGUUGGCAAUAACGAUGCCCCGGAUGCCAAUGGCGAUGGUAUGCUUUCCUAUAUUCCAGAUUCCAUUGAGACCAGCCCACCAUGUAAGUUCCUCAUCAGAAACGCCUAACGGUCCCUCUACUAGAGAAUAAGCAAUAUGGUAUGCAUGUAACCCGACACAGACACGGCGACGCAGUUAAGAAUGCAUCUGCGCCGUGGCGAGAUUGACAUGUGCAAGAGAAUAGGAGGUCGCGGCUUUGUUGUUAUGCCUUCCAUCCCAGCCCCGCCCCACCCCAGAACUCCAGGCUCCCCCCGCCGCCCCCAGAGAAUAGCGAGUCAGUGUGUACGUGGUCACUGCGCUCCCCUCAUCCCGGUCCAUUCCCAAGACGUAUCUGAAGGAAGAGGCCCAGAGGGCCGUCGCUCGGAGAGCUGCGAGAGCCUCUCCGGAUGUCCACGUGCGUGUGUCACAGACGCGCCCCCCCCUCGGCUUCGGUGGUCUCGUUCAGAGCUGCGUGAGCGAGCACAUGUGUGUCCUCGGUACCUCAGUGUGCACCUGCGACACAGCGGCCGCUGUCCUGUAUCCCGCAGAUGCCCGUGUACGUAAGUUUGCAUCUCCCCCUUCUGGUGAUGACUCAGGGUUGUAUAGUAUCUGUUACCCCUCCCGUCCCAGAGUAACCGUCACGUGUGCGGUCCGUACACAGCCGUGGUGCGUCUAGUGACUGUGCGUUGCCGUCCCGAGGGGCUGGCGUGGUGGCAGGCGCCGGCAGCCCCGUGUGUCCCGUGGCCUGUGACCAGAACAAAGCCAUCCGUCCGCUGAAGGCGAGCGCGGGCUUCAGCUUCUCUUCCUUCGUGUCACGCAGUUCAGUCGGACGCUCCUUUCCACCCCAGCCCUGGCGAAUCAAUAGCCUUCAAAACAUGAGAGACACUCAGGCGUCCACCUGAGCAUCCUCCAAAUUGUGGAUAAACUUUAGUACGACAAGUGAUUUCUCCUCUUCUGAAAUAUUCGUUCUAUUGGAGCCCAACGGUCUCACCAGCACCAACGGAAACACAUGGGAAAUUCCUCAAAGCAUUUGUCAUUCCUGAGUCUCUCACGCUCACCCCCUCUUAUUCGAAUCCAACCUGUGGAUAAUAAGACACGAAAUGAUGCUCAGUUUUUAGAAACUGGGGAGGACGCACUCUGCCCGCCCAGCUCUAAGCACUGAGCUUCUGCAAGGGGUCCCCCCAGACAAAGGCAUCUAUUAUGGUGUUUUAUCAGAACAGAACUUUCUAAUUUACAAAUUGGCUAUUAUAACGCUCACAAACAACAUUCAUUAAAUAUUUUAUGUAGUUCUAAUCUAGUAAUUAGUGUAUGUUCUGGGAAUACUUGGGAUAACUCGCUGUCAGUCUUCGCCGAGUUCCUGAGGCGUCUGCACAGGGAAUGCGACAGAAACCCUCACCCAGCCCCAGACCAACCUGACCUUUUCCGAUUUCCUUUGGUUCUUGAAGGGCCCAGCGAGGCAGGUUGAAGAGUUAUCAUCUUCCUUUGAUUCCUGCUGCAUUUCUGUCUUGUAGAUCGUGCUUUCCUGCACCGGGGCAGGUGCCAGGAGUAAUUCUCUUAGAGCUUGAGGGUCCGAAAGAUGAAUGGCUCCAUCUUUGGGAUAGGGGUCCCCGACCUCAAAAAUUUCUAGACUGAUGAAAAGUAGUUGCAAUAAAUUUCACAGUUGGCAGUGGAUUGUCAGAGGGCAGCAGCGGGGAGGAACCCUUCCCUGAGGCCCUAGGCAGUAGGGGCCACCCAGGCUCUGACAACAACAUACUUGAACAUGGCAUUUUAUUUCUUGGCGGUUGUAUCAUCCAUGACCCAAGACUCAACAAUCGAGGAGCCUAGAGAGAAGGGCUGGGAGAGUGACCCUGAUGCGCAAGCAUAGGCACACCUGUGACUGUACCAUCUUGCAGAAGGUCUUGCCCUUGACCCUUCCGUUCAUUGGGUUUCCUUCCAGACCUCUGGCCCUGCAGCCAGGAUCACCUCCCUGUCCUCACAAGACUGGCUGUCUUAACAUGAAAUGGGUUACAGAGUCCCCCCCAGAAUACAGAGCAAUGUUACAUCAUCCAUCCACAGAGGCAUUCUGUUCCCUUCUGGUGUCCUCAAAACCCAGGGGGCUGCCAAAUAUGACAGAGCUCCAGGGAGAGCGGAGUUACAUUUGGAACGAUUCCAUAGAUCAAAAAGUCUCCUUCUAAUAACAACUUCAUUUCUGCUGCUAACCUCAGACUUCUCUAGAUAAAGAAACCAAAAAGACGGCUUUGAGAAGAACGAGCAGAAUUGCAGUGAAAAAAAUUCUUCCUUUCACACAUAAAGUGAACUUUAAAAUAAGUCAUCAGAAUUGGCUGCUAAGUAUAGAAAGUGCAUAAUUUCUCUGACUCUUGAUUGGAAUGACCCCAAACAUAAGAGCAUUGACCAAAAACUGGCUGGUCAAUUAAGUGGUCCAGUCGGUUCUGUUCUUGGAGACUCAGUAUCAGGAAAAUCCAUCUGGCAGUGACUGCAGCUCCAGGACGGGAGGGGACAGGACAGGCCCUGAACCAGGACAGGCCCUGAACCAGGGUCCCUGACACGGCCCCCUCUGACACAUCCCAGCUCUAACAUCUGAGAUUUGCAGAUGCCAAGGAGCCAGAAUCUCCAAACCCAAAUUUGUGCCCGAUCGUCACUUAAGUGAGACCUGGCACCUGGGAUGAUAUUUCAUUAAGGCUAAAUGGUUUCUUCCGCUUGAGAAGGACUGGGCUGGCCCAGCUGAACCCAGAGGCUCCUUGUCAGUGUCCACAGGUAACAGCACACACGCCAACUUAAAAUAUUCCACCUAAGAGGAGAGUCUUUUCAGGCAUGAAUUCCACCCUGGGACGCCUUGGUUUUUCUGGAAUAAGGUUCUUGUCCUUACACGUGCAUGUCCGUAGGCAACUCCUGGUUCUCUAGGAAGGCCAACCUCGCAUGGCUCAGUUUUCUGCAGGCGGUAAGAGGCUUCCACGACUCCUCCCUGCCAUCUCUCAUCUGCAAAUCUCACUGCAUCGUUCAGCCAGCGCCUGGCUGUGCCUCUCAUCCAUGAUACUUGGUGUUCUCAUCCCUACUUUGGAGGGUGCCUGAGAAGUUUUCAUGCUUAGCUUUUCUGAUGAAAGCAUUAAAAUUCACCCAUCGCAGCAAAAUCAGUCAAAUCAAUUCACACUUAUUUUCAGGGGGCAAAGAAGAAAAUUACACCUUGUUUACAAAUGAAAUAGUUUCAGUUAAAUGGGAUUCUAGCCAAGGCAGUUAAUUAGUCAAAAGAUCCACGGCAGACAGAGUUGCACAUUGUUUAUUCUAUUUGAUAUGUCUACCACUGAUGUGUACUUAAUAUUCUGCACCCUUCUCAGGAAAUGACAAAUGCCCUGAAUUCUUUGCAAAUGGAAUCGCUAAUGAAAAUGAACGGAAAAAAAAAAAAAAGUUGGUGUUAAUUAAAUGGUGAUUAAAAAUUUAUCUCCUUUAAACCUAAAAAGUGCAGUUUUAAUAAUCAGUUGUCGUAUAAAUAAAUUCCUUGCGCUGAAAUCCCUUGCGGUUUAAGACCUAAAUAAAUCGUAAUUUGAGAAACCUAAAUACCUUUCCUUUCAGAAGAGCUGCCUGUAACUGUUCACUUGAUGCACAGCCCCGGAAUGUUCCUUUGGGCAUAGUUGUUGUGCUGAGCCCUUGGAAAGGGGACAGGAGUCGUUUUGGAAGUAGAGUUCUUUUGAAUGGACCUUGGCCGUGGUAGACACCCAGGAAGACGCCAAGGAGUAGGUGGAAGCUGACUGUCAGACUCAUCGCUUGGUAUUUAAUGGGAAUUAAGGGUUCUGCAGGAAGGCAGUUUUCAUUCCAAAAGCCAUGUUUCUUUUCACUUGAGACAAAAUCAGCCUUUCCGUUUGCCCCCGCUUCUUUUGGUCAACAGCAUUGAAAGAGCUGAUGGAGGGUUCUGUGGGGCCCAGCCCUGGAAAGUUCUCCCGCCACCCAGUUGCCCUUUGCCAUUCGACCCUUUUCCAUUGUGCCGUGUUCAUCUCUGAUCGUCUCAGAUGAGGUCAGCUGGCCACUGACAUAGACUGGAGAUGACCGAACGCACUUAUCCUGUGAAUAUAAUUGCUCGUGUACACGUGUAUAUAAUAUACAUGCUUGAUUUCUAUAAUUCACACGUAAGUGUAUUAUUCCAAUAAAAUUGUACAUAAUGUAAAGUUUAUGUUAAAAAUUAAAUGGUGGUGAUGGUAUUAACACAUGGAAAACCCAUUCUGGUGAUUGAUGGGAUGAUAUUUAUGUAGAGAAGGCACUAUUUUUUUAAAAACUCUCAGUUCUAAGGAGGAUGACAGAGUCCAAGUGGGAUUUGGGUGUUCUUAGCCUCUUCUUUAAAGGAAUCUGGGGUUAAGGGUGUGGAAUCGCUUCUGCUCACGUUGGCUUCUGAAGACUGUCCCGAUAGGAGUAUGUUUGUGAAUUCUCUUCACCCAUCGCUGGGCGUAGCUCCUGGUUAAAUUCCUUAUCCUCUGUUACCACUUGGCCUAGAACUUCUUCCCCUAUGGUGCCAGCUGAAGGUGCCUGCUCAGAAGGGUCUUAGCAAAACAGAACUUACAGAGUUGAGGGGAAGGGAAGGAAGAGGAGAAAAAGCUUCCAAAGGGGCGAUAAUCUGUGGACGAUUGUCAGGCCGAUGGUAUGAGAACCAGAUCUCGAAUCCAGGACAUCCUGGCCUGUCUUUCUUCCCUUUGCCAGGCUGACUCAUUUCUAGCUUUCUCUCAAGAGCUCUCUCCCAGGCACCUCUGGGAUAAGAGCCAGAGAGGCUCUAGGACUGACUGGCCUUUUUGCCUUAUGCCUCAUGCAGACCCCUGCGUCCCCUCUUUGAAUCUGGCUUUCCUUUGAGCUCCCCCAUGCUGCCGCAUCAGAGCCCUGGAGAGAACCUUUUUCAGGGACCUACCCCCCGGGAAGAAUCAACAAGGGAUAUAGUUUAAAACCUCAAACCAAAGAUGAAAGACGGCAGUGAUCCUUCAGAUAACAGAGUUCUAUUUCUCUUGAACCAAGAAUGAAAAAGGACUGAGUAUCCACCUCCUUCUAAGGUCAGCUGGGGACUGGGGAGAGACGAGGGGAGUAGAAAAUAUAGUCUCUUCCCAUAAGUUGCUUUCGGUCUAGAAAUUCAGUUCCCUAAUACAAAAGAUAACCCGGGACCCAUGAAAUGCACACGCAGACUCACUGUAAAAACCAGAAACGAUCAAGUUUUCACCAAAAAUAAAAAUGCAUCUGGUUCCAUGCUCAAACAAACAGAAACCCUCCCCUGGACCUGGUGGCAUCUUCAGAGAAUAUAGUUGAUGCGCCAGGAAAUGCCCUUGAUUGUUUUAACCUUGGAAGGAGGUACUCAGGGCCUCUAGACAGGCCAGCAGACUUGCCCUUGGACACUUGCGCUCAGGCAGGCUUGGAUCUGGUCCCACUCAGUUCUCCAGCCCUUGCCAAGUCAUCCUGCCCUCCAGCUCUGCUAUAUGACAUGGGCUUCGAGAAAAGGUUGGGGGAAAAAAAUCCUAAAAGGGUAAGAAAAUAGACUGUGAUGUAAAAAGACAAUUUCCUGACAGCUUUUUUGUUUGGUUUUGUUUUUGACUUGUGAAGAAUAUUUAUGAUAGUUCAGGGUACAACUGUAUCAGGGAAGGGGUAGGGAGCAUUCCUUGUUAGUCCCAAGUGCCUGCUGUUGUGGCUGGUAAAAGAGAACGCAUCUGGUUCCCUAGAGAGAAAAUGGGGCGAGGCAAUGGUCACGGGGAUCAAGGUGUGUUUCAGGGAGAUGGUGGGAUGGACAGAGAGACGUUUCUCUUCUGUCCAGCCUAUCCUGUGCAUUGCUGGGAUGUUAGAUUCUUUGUUUAUCACAAAGAAUAAGCACCUUUAUCAGCACCCGAAUUUGGAAAUAUCAAAGUGUAGACUAUAUUCUAGGCCAAUUCUAGAAUGUGAUUCUCAAAAUAACCUCAGAUGUCACUUUGGUUGCCCCAUUUUACAGAUAAGGAAACUGAGGCUCAGGUUGGUCUCAGCCUCAUCAGCAACAAGAACUUGCCACAAACCAAAUCCCGAAUGUUAGAGGCAUUUUCUUGAAGUGCCUGAUCUCCUCCAGGGAGGUCAGAAUAGAAGUGAGAAAAAGAAGGAGGCUGCUGUGAGGUCCCCGGGGCUCUCUCUUGAGUUCCAGCCUCCAUGCGCGGAUGUUUGCUAGAGCCCUACCCUGGUCGUCUGGUUUGGGGUGCACUGAGAACUCCUGGGGAUCUCACUUCUGUUCAUGGUCCCUUCUGAGACUUGAAUGCCGUCUGUGUCCCUCCCCUGCAGGCUUGCACUCAGCAGCUCCUUCUUUGGUUCUCGGGGAGUUAUUUUCUCUAUUUAGCAUGUGCCUAAUUUUAAAUAUCCCCUUUCUAAUCUCGCUUCUUUUUCUCCAUAGACAUCAGGGCUAAUUCCAUUCAACCAUAUGCAAAGAGUAUGCCCGUGCACACGCCUUGCCUUGUGAGCCCCCACGAAAGCCCUCUAGACAUUGUGCUUCAUCUUUAGAAAGGCCAUGUUAUUUGAAAGUGACUGUCCCUUCUAGUCCGUCUCCGUGUCUGGUCAUCGAUGCCAAGCAGACAGAAUGAGAUUUGCGGUUGUGACCGGAAGUACAGCUUGUACAUCAGUGAUAGCCAGUCAGUUGUAGUCAGCAUACUGAGGACCAGCUCUUAAGAUUUUUCUUUUUCCCCUUCUUGGGCUGUCGUGGUUUUUGUUUGUUUUCUUUUUGCCAAAUCAUCUUAGAGAUACUUUUCCUGGUCACUCUUCCAAGAUAACUACUGAGUCACGGGAUGCUUGUUCAGUUUGUUUCAUUAAAUGAAAGCGCGUUGAACUGGAACACUUCCACUAGGCUUUCCGGGAGCCCCAGAGAUGCAGCACUUGCUCUCGGGGCGGGCAACCGCCUUGAGUCCACAUGUUCCUUUCUGGAACUAUCUGUUCCUUUCCCUCUGUGGACUUCCCUCUCCUGGCAUUUAUAUUUGCCGGGGGUGGGACAGGCCCUUUAGGUCCACUUUUUUGUUGAGGAAACCGAGCUGGGAUUUGAGGGAGUGUUUUUCUGGAAGCUUCUGUGAAUCUAUCCUUCCGGAGGGUCAAUUAACCUAACAUAAACAUUCUUGUCCCCAUCGCUGAGAAAUUCUCUAGCCAAUAACAUCUUUCAAGCUGGCAGUAAAAGGUCUCUCAAGACAGAAAGAUUCUUACUUAAUGGCUGUUUUGCAACCCUGUUGUUGGGUGUGCAACCUUUUCCCAGGGAUGUUAAGCUGAGCGGAGACUGGAACACUCUAAAGAACAAAUUGGCCAUAGUCUUUCUGCUCUGGGACCAUAUUUCUAAGUAUUCAACUCCCCGGGGAGCCGGAACCAAAUGGUUUAAAAUGGAGUCAUUUCUCAGAUUAACUUCCUCUAAGUGUCAGCAGUAUGCAGAAACAAACAAGACAAGUGAGAUCAUCACCCAAAAAUCCCCGUUUUGUACCACAUCUGUGAAACAGCAAACAAUGACUUUUCAGGGUGUUUUCUUUCUUUUUUUUUUUUUCAAUUCUAGAACAUUCCUCAUUAGUGGUAGCCCUAGGUCAUAACCUCUUCCGGUUAAUUCUUUCUCACACCUUUGGGAAGGAUUUCAGAUGAACCUUCAAAAGGAUAUUAACAUAACACGUAGCCAAUACCACAGCUGCCUUUUAAAUUGAUAAGGUUAAUUGUUCUCCAACAAACAUAAGUUUGUCUUUGGCAUUUUAAAUGCUUCUCAUUGAUCUGACAUUUUGCUGUUUCAAGCGUAUAAAGGGCUCAAAUCAAAGACUAUUGAUAGCUGAGCAAAUAGUGAAGGUCCCGAAAUAUAAAAACAUUGUCAGUUUUUCCAUGAAAAACAAUCAUAGCCUUUAGAAUCCAAUUGAGGUUUUUACAUUAGCCAUUUAAGGCUUAUUGAAUUAUUUCUAUCCUCAGUUAAGCUAAUUCAAAUAAAUGAGUGGUAUUGACUUUUUAAACCUAUUUUUUUUUUUAAUCUUGAGUUUAUUAGGUUUGUAGCUAGCUCUGGAGCUACGGCCACUAAGGAAAUGUCCCCGUCUCAAAAUUAAAGAUUCAAACAACCAUUUUGGUCAAAGCCAAGGUGAUCAUCUAAAAACUCUGAUGGAUUUGGGAAGAUGAAAGUGAAACUUGUAGCAUUCAUGUUUCCCAAAUUUUUCACUGGAAAACGAUGUCCAUUGCCUUUUAUUUUUUCCAAAUAAGAGGCAAGAUCAAGAAUAACAUUUUCAUUGACAAUUCAGUAAUGGACACGAUACAAUUAAUUCCAUGGCUAGAUGUGACUCAGCUGCCUCCCAGGGCUGAGGAUCCCCCAAAGAUUUCUUUAUCAAUUGUUUUUAACUCGGACUCCUAAUCUUAUUUGCUCCCCUGCCAAAACAAAUUUGAAAAGCAUAUACUUGCCAAAUUCUCUAGUCAGUAGCAUUCACUGUAAUUUAUCACCCUAGAAUGUUUGUGCGUAUGUGUUGAUGUAUAGUAUAUAUAUUUCCAGUUGACUAUUCAGAAAGGAUUAGGCGAGCUCAUCGGUAGCUUGAAUAAGAAGUAGACCAUAAAAAUAAUAACAAAUGGCCUUCUCAGACAGAAAAAGGGGCAAACUAUUCAUUUUUCACUCGCGUUAGAAGACAUAUUGCACAAAACACAAGCUGGUCAUUGCUCACAAGAAAGUAACCGAAUUAAGCAGCUUCCAAGGUCUGAGUCCAUUUUCAACCCAGCAUGGGUGGGACUGAACACCAUCUGCAGAGUCUCCAUUCACAGCUACAUCCCAACACAGUCCAAAACCCACAUCAGAACCGGCUUGAUGUCUUGUACGGUGAAGUCCAAAGCAAGCUGUGUGCUCUGCUUACGGUUUUCAUUUGGGAAUAGGUGUUCACUUACCAAUCGCAGCAGUUUAUACCUGUCAUGUUUUAAUCCACUGCAUGAAGAAGUGCUGAUAACUGUAUUAAAUAUUUCCAAGCAUAGCUACAGAAUUACACGUUUGCUUAACACCUUUCUAUGAUAGAGAAAGUAUAUACUAUGGUCGUCUUCUUGUAGUAUGUCUUUUAUUUCUGUUCAACGUGAUAUCCACUGUUUUAAGGAAUGGGGUUUGAAAUGUGUGUGCAAACUGAUAUGUAUAUAACUCGAGGCAACAGAAGUGCCCAGUCAUAUGGUGUACAAAUGUAAAUACCGGAAAAUUUCAUUUUUCUAAUAAAGAUAAUUUCUGCCAAUUGAUAUGAA